AUGCCUAGACCUGUAGUCAGUGCGUCUAAAACACCACUUCUUCCAUCGCCUAUUACCCCACUUGAUGCAUCCAGUCGAGACCCUUUCCACAGUCUACCGAUAGUCUGCUCAAAUGAAGACCUUGAGCUGAUUGAUUGUUGGACAAACAAACUCACAUACUGGUCUGGUCAAAAUAAGUACAUUAAGGACCAGAUUUUCCGCUCUGCCAUGGUUCACCCAUUACCUUUUCAAGCCGUCGUGCUUGCCUAUUGUUCCCGCUGGAAAGCCCAUAUCCACAAUUUGACGGAUAGCCGACAAGUUCAAACUCAUGUUGGACAAGCCACGCGAAACAUAGAAAUGAUUAGAAAAGGGUUGAUGGAUAUUGACAGAGACAAUCUCGCCAUGGCAUUAACCGGAUUGUCUCUGCAAGAAGAAAGAUUCGGUAGCCAGCAAAAGGCCCGAGAAUAUGCUGAUCAGGCUGUCCAGAUUCUUCGAUCCCAGGGCGGGGCUCUCAGAGGUGUUCAGGUAUUUUUGCAUUAUGUGCUAUAUGUCGCAAUAUCUCCACAUCCAACUGUUGACAAAGUCAGUCAACGGUGGCUGGUCACGUUUCUUCGCGCGGCUGAGGAAAUGAUGCAUAAACACUCAUCAGCUGCGUGCUUGUCGUCUGUUCCCCUGCGACGGGAGGCAUUUCAAAUGGAUGGCAUAUUGUUCCCUUUGCUCUCCAGCGGGCCACGCCCAUCACAAGUGCCGCACACUUCGCGCCUAUACGUGGUGCGGGAUACGCCCAGCCAGGAGAUCUGCCGUACUGCAGCACUCAUCUAUAUUACAACAACUUUAUGGGAUUUCCAAGACUCGCCGAGUAAAUUGAAUCGCUUCCUCAACCAUGUUAUCACGGUUGUGAAGCAACAUCAGCUCGACCGUCAUCCUGCAUGCGAGACUCUGUUGUGGGUCUUAUUGGAAGAAGGAUACGAUGCAGAUAUGAGGGAUCCCGAACGAGCAUGGUCUACCGGCGAGCUAUUGAAGACACACAAGCAACUUCGGCCAGACCUACAAUUCCAGUUCAAUGAGAUAUUACUGAGCCUAUUAAUGCUCACGCCUCCCGUGCGCGGUAUUGAUGCUUUCGAGGAGGAGCUCAACGCCGUUACACCUCAAAUUGUGGAGCAGCUUUGA